CGAAAAACCCUCUGAUCACGACUCCUUAUAUCCUUUCCCCUCGUCUUUCUCGUAUUUCCCACCCCUCGCCAUAAAAAGUUAAAAACACCUCGGACGCUCAACAUAGCUGUAUUGAACGACGCCAUCGAUAGAACUGAACUGAGCAACAAUGGUAUCGGGCCUCAUUAAUGCGAAUCCUGUGGUUUAUGAGAAGAAAGAGAGGCGGGUUCGAAGCGCUUCUUGCGAUGUGGAUGAGUAUGCUGUCGAACCCAUUGACCAACUGGAGGUUUUUGAUCAUAUUAGAGAUAUCAAAGAUCCAGAGCACCCUUAUUCUUUGGAAGAGCUUAAAGUAAUAACAGAAGAUGCUGUUGAAGUAGAUGACAAGCACAGUUAUGUUAGGGUGACGUUUACUCCCACUGUUGAACAUUGUAGUAUGGCUACAAUUAUUGGUCUUUGCUUGAGAGUAAAACUCACAAGGAGCUUGCCUUCUCGUUAUAAGGUUGAUAUAAGGGUAGCACCUGGAACUCAUGCAACUGAAGCUGCAGUUAAUAAACAAUUGAAUGAUAAAGAACGAGUCGCUGCUGCACUGGAAAAUCCCAACCUAGUAGAUAUGGUUGAUGAAUGCCUGGCUCCGUCAUACGGAAUGGAAUAAGCAAUUUGGGAGCGCUCUCUUGUCAUACCUACACUUUUGGUCGAUAGAUAAACGUUAUUUCUUCGGUCUUUGAUGCAUUUUUCUUUCCUUCUUGUAUGUAUGAGAUUGCAGAUAGGAAUUGCUAGGGACCAAAACAAUAAUCACCAUUAUAUAUCCUGAAUGGUUUGUAACUUGCUAGCAUAGACGAAUUGAUUCUUUAUGGCAGCCAAUAUAUGUACCCUUCAAGUUAUAAUGGCUACGUUGAGUUUUUGGAGUAGGACUCAUUUCAAAUGCAGAGUUGUGUA